AUGGGCAUCGUGAUGCUGGCAGAUUAUCACUUUGGUGAAAAAUGCCCUUUGGAUUGCCAACAUGUAGAGGAGCACGGCCAGCUGGCACAUUCCAGGCCGCAGGAGUACGUGAUGAGGGACGCACUGAAGCUCUGUGUAGCUGUGGCAAAGGAUCAGUGGGCAGCCCGUCCUCAGACACAUACAUCCAAUCAGCGAGUACCGCUGGGAGAAGCAUACUCUCAUUGGCCGAGGAGUGUCAGUGGGCGGGACGGUGUGCUCUCGGAGCGGUGUGGGGAGAGGCCGGAGAUUGGGGGCUGCAGUUCGGCUGAAUGGGAGCGGAUGAAUGGGAUGAUUGGUUCAUCAGUGUUACUGGAUCUUAAAGUCAAAGCUGAUCCCAGCAAGGAAGAAAUUAUUUGGAUGUUCAUCGCCAGGCAUAGAAGCCCUCUCACCAUUUUGCAUCACAUCCCAGAUUACCUGAAGUGGGCAGAGCCCAGUGUGCAGUUCAGGUCGCGUUUAGGAUUUAUUCCAUCUAACGGCUCUCUGAUGAUAAAUGGAUUAAAGGCCAGGGACCAAAGAGAUUACAGCUUCACGGCAGCUGAUCGUACACUAAAAAUAAUACAGCUUUUCCUCUUCUGUCCUCUAUCAGAAGAUCUGAUCGCCAUCAAUACCAUCUUCAUCGGUUCCACCACCCAGCUCACCUGUAAGGUCGAUGGAGAUCCUCUGGAGUAUCAGUGGUGGAAAAAUGGAGUCCAAGUCUCCCAUAAUGACCAGAUGACAGAUGGCAACAGGACUCUCCUGAUCCAGAAUGAUGCAUGGAAUGAGAGAGCCACAUACGUGUGUGUGGCAAGCAAUCCAGUCAGCUCCGUCAGGAAGGAUUACAUCCUGACAAGACCUGAUGCGGGAUAUGGCAGCAGCCUUGUAAUCUUGAACAAAAAAUUCACACACUAGUCUGGUGUGUGAUGUCCUUUGGAACGUAGAAAUGCACUGUAGAAAGCAUUCUUCUAGGUAUGGAAGUUGUCCUGUCCAAGACCGGAAGAAGCUGCAGAAGAUCGUGAACACGACCCAGCACAUCACACAAACCAAUCUUCCAUCCUUGGACUCACUUUACACUGCACGCUGUCGGAGCAGUGCUGCCAGGAUAAUCAAGGACACGACCCACCCAGCCAACACACUUUUCGUCCCUCUUCCCUCCGGGAGAAGGUUCAGGAGCAUGAAGACUUGUACGGCCGGAUUUGGGAACAGCUUCUUUCCAACUGUGAUAAGACUGCUGAACAGAUCCUGACCCAGAUCUGGGCCGUAUCCUCCAAAUAUCCGGACCUGCCUCGGUUUUUUUUUGCACUACCUUACUUGCCCUUCUCUAUUUUCUAUUUAUGAAUUAUAAUUUAAAUUUUUAAUAUUUACUAUCGAUUUGUACUCCAGGGAGCGGGAAGUGCAGAAUCAAAUAUCGCUGUGAUGAUUGUACGUUCUAGUAUCAAUUGUUUGGCAACAAUAAAGUAUAAAGUAUUUAUUUUUCUUCUAUGUUAUAUAUUGCACUGUUCUGCUGAUAAGUUAAUAAAUUUCACGUCACUUGCCGGUG